UCUGGUUUCGUAAGCGCUAUGUGACACAAAGAAGGAGUAAAUGGAAUCGAGGAUGCAGGACAGCCACAAGUCUUUCCUAAUUAAGGAUCUCCUGGGCGACGUGUUGAGGCCCGGCGUCGGCGUCACAGGUACCGCUCAAGAGGUUGAAGACAUUACUAACAAUAGGUAUGAUUCAGCGAUAACGCACAAUCCCGACGAAUCGGAUAUCGAUGACGACAUAUCCGUCGGUGACAAUCGUUCUGAAACAUCUACACCAAAAAAGAUUCACGUAUCAUAUGGAAAUGACUGUGAAGCUUAUGAAAGAAAGGCAGACUGCCAGAAAAGGACCGAAUCCGAAAAUGAUCGUUCAACUCCAAUAGAAUAUAAUACUAACCGAAUACCAAAUUCGGAGUAUUCAUCUCCGUUUAAAGAUGAUGAGCAUGAAUACGAAAGACCAGAAGAUUCUGUGAAGCUCUACGAGGGGUCUCUUUUCCAACUUUAUAGACCAGAUAGAGAAAGUGCUAAAGAGGGAGAAAAUGGUUUCGAAAUGGCGGGCUCUAUCUCGGACAGUAUUUAUGGGAGAUCUAUGGAUCUUACUAAGAACUCAUUCCAGUCACAACUUCUGGCUGGGUUCGCGGCAUCCGUAAUGGCGGGCAGUUCUCAGCGUGACGCGCAAGAUUCAGCUGGGCGUAGCGGCAGUACUCCCAACUCAGGACGGAAACCUCGUCGUCGACGCACCGCAUUCACACACGCGCAACUCGCGUACUUGGAACGCAAGUUUCGAUGUCAGAAGUACCUGAGCGUCGCUGACCGCGGAGAUGUGGCUGAUGCUCUCAACUUGAGCGAGACGCAAGUCAAGACUUGGUAUCAGAAUAGGAGAACCAAAUGGAAACGUCAAAAUCAACUACGACUCGAACAGCUCCGAGCGCAAGCGGCGACGGGAGAACGGGAGCUGUCAGCACACGCGUUGCCUCUCGCUUGCGCACUCCUCCCUCCUUAUCCCGCAUACAUGCACUGCCAUUUGUAAAGCGAGAUAAAACAGCUUGCUUUCAAAUUAUAUAUGCACGCAAUUAUGUAAAUAAUAUAAUUAGGGUCACAUAAGUGUAGAUGAAGUUAACUAUGACGUAGCACAUGUACAGGCAAAGUAACUUGACGUGACUUAAGUUAAUAGUUUUACUUCUUUAAAAUGUACACCAUGCCACUAUGAAAUUGUUAUUAACCGCUUGUUAAGCAGAGUUCACACUAAAGACAAAGUGGCAACUUUUGCGUUGUAUAAUUGUAAACAUAUGUCAAGUAGGCGGUGAACAUCAAAGCAAUACGUGAUUAAUGUUUAAUACAGUUGUAAGUACGUAAAUUGACAAAUAUUUUAGUGGAAUCGUAUCACAUCGAAUUGUAAAUAUUAAAAAAAG